UUAGAUUGAUAUGACGGGUUAAUGCCACUAGACCUGACGGCCGGGGAAAAACAGUAGUCGAAAAAGCAGGCAAGGUACAAGAAAUAGUUUGCAGGAUAAAGAGACCAAGGAAAAGAAAUUAUUGCUCGUUUUUUUGCUAUGGAAGGGAGUUUGGCAAUGCAGCCUGAACAAUCAGUGGUGGUCGACCGCAAGCCACUCAUUCCUUGUAAAGUUUGUGGAGACAGAUCGUCGGGGAAGCAUUACGGUGUCUUUACAUGCGAUGGAUGUCGGGGUUUCUUCAAGAGGAGUAUAAGAAGAAGCCUAACGUAUCAGUGCAAAGAGCAAGGAAACUGUGUUGUUGAUGUUGCAAGGCGAAAUCAGUGCCAAGCUUGUCGACUUCAGAAGUGCUUUAACGUCAAGAUGAACCGAGACGCUGUACAACACGAGAGGGCCCCUCGCUCUGCUCAAGUUUUACCACGUGCAACCACAAGUACAACUAUAGUCAGCCAUACGUUCUGUGAUCCCGUGCGAAACCCGCAUCCCGCACAAACUAUGACAAGUCCCGCAAGUCCACAAACGAAAACUGAACGAGAGCCCGAAGCGACUGAAUCGACCCGAAGUCCUUCGCGGUCUGAUACGAACUCGUAUUCACCCCCAGGGUCCCCCUCUCAGUACCAUGGACAGAAUAAUAACAUAUCGCCUGACUCGUCAAAAAAACACAGUUUCUUGUCUAUCGCGAGUCUUCUUGAUUCCAAAGAACAGGGAGACAAGAAUCGUACAUCUGAAGUCCAACGCUCGACUCCUACGCAACAGAGCAGCUCUCCUAGGAGCUCUGCAACACAGAUGAACUACGAGAUUCCAGUCAUGCCGCAAGGAAGGCCAGAAAACAUCUACGAAUCAGCUGUGCAGUUAUUAUACAUGUCCGUCACGUGGGCUAGAAACAUUCCUACAUUUCUUGAUCUUCCCUUCCGUGAUCAAGCUAUCCUGUUAGAGGAAGGCUGGAGCGAGCUGUUCGUCUUAAGCUCAGCCCAAUUCUCUCUGCCGUUAGAUAUGGGUCCUCUCCUGUCUGCAGCCGGCCUGCAGGUCGAUAGAGCACCGACCGAUAAAAUCGUAGCAGGAAUGUCCGACAUUCGACUUCUUCAGAACAUUGUGACGCGAUUCAAGAGAUUGCAGAUUGAUUCUACGGAAUAUGCUUGCCUGAAAGCCAUCGUUUUAUUCAAACCAGAUUUACGAGGGCUUCGAGCUCCACACCUAGUUGAACGAUUACAAGACCAAGCUCAGUCGAUGUUGGGAGAAUAUUGUCGCUCGCACUAUCCCGAUCAGCAGGUCCGCUUUGGCAAAUUACUUCUGAUGCUCCCCUCUCUAAGAGCUGUUGGACCAAAGAUGAUAGAGGACCUGUUUUUCAGGGGCACCCUGGAUAAUGUGCCUAUCGAGAGAAUGCUCUGCGAUAUGUUCAAGUCUAGCUAAAAAUAGUGGUCCUCGCAUUAUUGAAAGAUCUGAUUUCGAAAUGGUAGAUGAAGGCCAGAGUAUUGGCUUUGUGUAAAUAAGUCAUGUAAUAUUAUUAUAGAUCAUAAAAACUAAAGGGGGCUGUUACGUCACAUCAAUUUAGGAACCUAAAGGGACCGCGAACGAUAUCGGACAACAGGUCAAGUGAUCGUUUCCCGCCGUUUCGGCUAUGGUUUUUUUGUAUCAACGAAUUGCUUUGCACUAAAUAAGUUUCUUUAAAGUUAUUGCACAAAAAUUUAUACGUAAGAUUGUGUUAAGGGGUUAAAUACGUCAGGAAAAGUUUAGCAUAUCGACUGUGUACUUGACUUUUACAACAUGUUUUGACCAACAUUUUUAUUCUGAGAAAAAGGCAUUUUUAAAAAUGAUGCAUAGUUUGUACAUUUUUUGAAUUAUGUAUACAUUUAUAGCUGUUAAUGUAAUCUCUUAGACUUACCAAAGGCUUUAAAAUCCUUUUAAAAACCUUUUAAAAUCUUCUGCGCAUACCAACAUGAACUUAAAUAUCUCAGAAAGAAGGCAACCUUGUUGGAGGAAUAUGCACAAACAGCGAUAUUUUAAUUCACUUGGCCAUGGUGUUUCUAAUGUAAACUUAUUGAUCUUGUAGCCUCCAACAUGGCAGCUUGUUUCACCGUGCUAUAAUAAGUUAGCCAUAGCUUUUUGAUAACAUUUCUUAAAACUUGUAUAUAUCAUAGCAGAAGUUCAUGAGCUUCUGAUCAUAGUCUUAAUUCAUAUUUGUAUAGUAAUCUUAGAUAUUUGAGUUAAAACAGUCUUUUGUGUUAUAAUUUUAAACUUUUUUUGCUAACUUUUACUUAUAAAUGCUAAUAAUGUUUUUCAUAUCAAUUUUCUAGUUUAAGGACUUGCAUGCUUUAUUUGACACGCUGUUUUUGUAACGAGAAAAUCUGUCAACGUAAACUUUUUCACGCAUUUGAGAUUUUUCACUGCCUUUUGAUAUGUUUUGAGGCGUGAUUUUUAGAACUCUUUUUUUAAACAAAAUCAAUUUUUACCUGGAAUACGCUUGUCAUAAAGGAGUUUUUAAAUCAUUUGCUAUAUUUUGAUUGAAGAAUUUUUCGAAUUACAGAAACUUGAUAUCUGUUAUGUCAGCCAAUCAGAAUUCAGAACAUUAUGACACUCAUUAGUUGUCUAACCAGCCAAUCACAGUUCAGAGCUUUUCUAAUUGGUUGUUCAACCAGCUAAUCGGAGUUUAGAUUAUAUCACUUUCGUCUACAUAGACUAACAAAUCUUUUUAAUUUUUUUCAAGAAUUUUGGAAAUCCUGUUUAAUAAGUUCUGCUUUUGUGCCGUUUUUAAAAAGGGUUCAGAAAAAAUUUUGUAGUAUAUAUUAGUUAACAUUCAGUAGGGGUUAGUUUUACGGAUAUUCUACAUAGUUUAACUCAUAUGUAAUCACUAGCUUUAGUUGGUUAAAUGGGGAUUAUUGUUGUAUAGUGAACAUUUUUCAAGAAAAAAGAUGAAAAAAUGUUCACUGUUCAGCUUCGUUUUUGUGACGAAAACAUAGCCGUAUAUUAUGCAAAUAUAUAUAUAAUUUUUCUUUAUUAAAAGCGCUUUUAUUGUAAAGCUUUUCACAACAUAUUAAAUAAAAGCUAAUCACUUUAAA